AUGACGCUGCAUCAGAAGUAUGGCCGUGUCGUUCGAGUUGGCCCAAACGAGGUGUGGUUUAACAGCAAGGAGGCCUAUGACCAGAUAUACAACACGUGUAGGGGUCUUGAAAAGUCUGACUUUUACCUUGCAACGAGUUUGACCAAGCCGCGGCUUGACUGGCGCUUGCGCCCGCACUUUCAGGAUACGCUUGAUCUCCUGUCUGAGCGAGACGCAAAGCGAUAUCGCCUUCAAAGGAGGCUGAUCGGGCGUACUUACCACGCCUCCAACAUGGCCAAGUUCGAGGCAGCCGUUGACGGUGUCCUGGACCGCGUUGUCGAGAGACUCGGCACCUUGCAAGGCAAAGAGAUUGACUUGACGGACUGGAUGCACAUUGUGGCCGUCGAGUGUCUCGGUGCCUGCGUUCUGUCCUGGUCGCCCGGAAUGCUUCGCGACGGUACAGAUUGGGGCACCAUCUCCCACAGCUAUCAGGGGUGGAGGAGGAAGACCGUGUUCGGCCUCUUCCCACUUGCGACUAAGCUGGACUUCUGCUCUCCUGACUUUGGCCGCGCAUUUGGCAAACUCUGGGGCGUCACGUACAGGACGCCGCAGAGCUUCAAGGCCUUCUUCCCGGAGGUGACCAGGCGCGUCUCACGUCGCCUCAGAGCGGCUCUGAGGCCAAUCCCAGUGAAAGAUGACAGGGAGGAUUUGCUCGCAGAUUUGAUCCAACUUCACCGGGAUAAGCCCGAGUUCAACGAGACGUAUCUCAGGAAGAUGGCCGUCACCAACUUUGGCGCCGGACACGAGACCAUGGCCUCGACCCUGACCUCGGUCUUGGCCAUGAUUGGAUCUCAUGCCGAGGUGCAGGCGCAGGUGGCUUCCGAAAUCCGCGGGGCCCCUGGAGAGAAAGGCCAUGUUGCCGCUGCCAAGCUGCAGUAUACUCGGGCGGUGAUCAAGGAAGCGAUGCGGCUGUACCCCGUGGUCGCAAUGUCACUCCCCCGCAAGACGCCAGCCGGCGGCCUUUCAAUCCAUCAGCGGUGGAUGCCUCCCAAUACGACGGUAGGGUGCAACCCUGUCGCUCUACACCGCAACCAGGACAUCUACGGCCCCGAUGCCGCGGAGUUCAAUCCCGGCCGGUGGCUCAACGCUGAUGUGGAGCUCGAGACUCUUCGAGCCAUGGAUCGGUACAGCCUCAACUGGGGCGGCGGCUCGAGGACCUGCCCCGGACGACACCUAGCCGAGCUCGUGGUGCUCAAAGCAGUCACUCGCAUGUUGGAUCGAUAUGAUACCAGGGAACCCAGAGAAGAACAGCCCGGCCCAUCUGACUCGAUGUAG